AUGAAAAUGACAGCGGAUUUGGAUCGAAAAGGUACCAUCGUGAGCCUCGAAAGCAUCCAAGAUGGCGAAAUCGGCAUUCUCGAUUUGGACGGCGGUGUCACCCCUGAAAUUAACGCGGAUGGAAUGCCGCGCCAGUUCAAUUGGCUUUCAACUCUUGGGAUUUCUUUCUCGAUCACAAACUCCUGGGCAGGAUACAUGAGCAACUUUGGCCAGAUCCUGGCUUAUGGCGGUCCUCGAUUAGUAAUAUUUGGGUCUAUCUGCGCUUUUGUCGUUCAGAUCAUUGUAAUUCUCGGGCUCAGUGAGCUGGCAUCAGCCUUUCCGUCAAGCGGAGGUCAGUAUUAUUAUUGCUACAUGCUCAGUCCGACCAAGUCGAAGAGAUUCUCAGCGUUCGUGGUCGGAUGUAUGUCUGUCUUAGCAUGGUGGAUAGUGACAUCUUCCGGUGUCCAGAUGGUUACGGCCUCCCUUGCGGGUAUAGUCAAAUUUUGGCACACAGAAUAUACAGCUGCCCAGUGGCAUAUAUACCUGGUAUAUAUUGCUAUAUCUCUGCUCACAUUGACACCGAUAUUCUUGGCUCCGAGUAAAGUCAACUGGACGGUUCACACGGCCCUCUUUCUAUCUCUUACGGGCAUGGCCCUUAUUAUUACUAUCUCACUUGCUAUCCACAUUAGCGAAGAGCUCCCUCAACCAGAGAAGCGUGUCCCUCAGGCCAUGACCAUGAGUGUUAUUCUGAGUCUCGCUACCUGUCUUCCAUUGUCGGUUGCACUGAUGUUUUGCAUGUCCGAUAUGGAAGCGGUUAUCAAUUCGGAACUGCCAAGCUUGGAAGUGAUGUAUCAGGCCACAAAGAGCAAAGGCGUUACUACCUUCCUCUCAGUGUGGCUCUUGGUUGUCUAUGCUGCCUCAAUCCCGUCUCAAUGGGUGACGUGCGGCAGAGUAGCAUGGGCUUUAGCUCGCGAUAUUAACUCCCCGUCAGCAAGAUACUUUGCUAAAGUCGACGACAAGCUAAAGUUCCCUGUCCGCACCACAGUUGCUAGCUUUGGCUUUGUUGCUAUCUAUAGUCUGUUAUACUUGGUUUCCUCGGGCGCUUUCAACACGAUCACCAAUAGUGCGAUACUCUUCCUCCACAUAACUUACGUGGUGCCUCAGGGCAUACUUUUGAUGAAAGGCAGAGCGGGCGCACUACCAUUUCGAUACUUAAAGCUUGGCUGCCUCGGCUAUCUCUGCAAUGCCUUUGUUAUUUUGUGGAUUGUUAUACUUGGAGUGUUUGUCUGCCUGCCUCUUGGGUUACCGGUAGAAGCCGAGUCGAUGAAUUAUACGGCUCCCGUGCUAAUAGGUCUAUUUGGCCUUGUGAUCCUGUUGUGGUAUGGACUAGGAAGGGUAGCAUUUCAGGGACCCCAGAUUGACAGGGACAUGAUGCAGGAGGUAAAUUCUGGUCUCAAGUGA